AGAGACGGAGGGGGAGGUCUCGCAUUCUCGCGCUGCCGCUGCAACUUUGGGCUCCCGGGACCGGCGGCACCGAAUAUGGAUCUCGCGCUAAUUCUCAAAUCCAACUUAAGGGAAAAAGUUCUGUGGAGUUUGUGUUCAUAUAUGAGGCUGAAGCAGGAAUGAAUCGAGGAGUUUAGAUUACCUAUCUGCAUCUGUGCGUGCGUGUGUGUGAGGGGAGAAAGAGGGGCUUUAUUGGAAAUUCUCGAAUCCCCAUCGGGACGCUCUCGGCUUUCAGUUUUCCAGGGAAAACUCGAGUUUGCUGGGAUCUUGUGAGGCCACACAAACUGAUGAAGGCACACUCGAGUCUCCAAAGUGAGUUGUGGGUGUAGAGGGUGUGCCAGUCUCAAUGCUAGUGGAUAUGCAGCCACACCAGGGUCUGUACCACUACGACAACACUGCCAAUCAACCAAGCAGAGGUGAGGUGUCAUCAGUGUGUGUGGCGCUCCCCAGUGGUCAACCGCCAGAUAGCAGAGAGAUGUAUAACCCCUCUAUGAACCCUGGAGCCUGUAUGGACCCCUACAUGCGGCCGCCACACGCACCACCACCACACAGCAUGAUGGGACACCGCGGUAUGCCCCCAUCAGAGGGUGGCAGUGGCGCCCCCUACUGUAACCAGAGCAUGAUGCCAUCUCAUCACAAUCUCUCAUAUAACCAGCCCGGUUCAGAACACAUGGGCACAGGAGACGCCUCUUGUUUCUCUACGCCUCGCUCCAUGUUGAAGUUGAGUAAGAAGCGCGCUCUGUCGAUCUCACCCCUGUCAGACGCCAGCAUGGACCUGCAGACGGUUAUACGCACGUCUCCCAAUUCACUGGUGGCGUUUGUUAACUCUCGCUGUGGACAAAACGCUGCCAGCUCAUACGGGCAUCUGUCUGUGGGCACCAUGAGUCCAUCAUUAGGCUAUUCAAACUCAAUGAGCUACCCGUCCAGAGCUCAGGGGAACAUGUACAGCACUCCACUGGGUCACCCCUCUCCAUCCUGUCAUGGACCUCCACCUCGCCUGCCGCCUCACAACCCCAGACUGCACGCCGCCCCAAAACACACACAUCUGAAGACAGAACCUGUUCUGGGAAGUGUGAUGGACAAUAUUAACAUUAAGAACCUGGAGGAGCAUUCAGAGGGAGAUGUGGCGAGUCCGUCCUCAACUGGAACACAGGAUCCUCUUCUGGGUCUGCUAGAGGGCAGAGAUGAUCUCGAUAAAGAGGAGAAACCAGAACCAGAGGCCAUUUAUGAGACCAACUGCCACUGGGAGUGCUGCAGCAAAGAGUUCGACACACAGGAACAACUUGUGCAUCACAUCAAUAACGAGCACAUACACGGCGAGAAGAAGGAGUUUGUGUGUCAUUGGAAGGACUGUUCUCGAGAGCAGAGGCCGUUCAAAGCGCAGUACAUGCUUGUUGUCCAUAUGCGCAGACAUACUGGGGAGAAACCUCAUAAGUGCACUUUUGAAGGCUGUAAUAAAGCAUACUCACGUCUGGAGAACCUGAAGACUCAUCUGCGCUCACAUACGGGUGAGAAACCAUACGUCUGUGAGCACGAGGGCUGCAACAAGGCUUUCUCCAAUGCUUCAGACCGAGCCAAGCAUCAGAACCGAACACACUCCAAUGAGAAACCGUAUGUCUGUAAGAUUCCUGGAUGUACAAAGCGCUACACUGACCCAAGCUCUCUAAGAAAGCAUGUGAAGACAGUACACGGACCGGAAGCUCACAUCACUAAAAAGCACCGUGGAGAUACCGGGCCACGACCCCCAGGCUCUGGCCUGACACCUGCAGGUCAAGAACUGCUGAUAGAAAAAGAAGAGAGAAGCAGAGAAGACUGCAAACUACUUGCUCCAGAAAACACACUGAAAUCUCAGCCAAGCCCCAGUGGCCAGUCGUCCUGCAGUAGUGAGCGUUCUCCAUUAGGGAGUGCUAACAACAACGACAGCGGUGUUGAGAUGAACUUGAAUGCAGCGGGCAGCCUUGAGGACCUGACAACACAAGAGGACAGCGGGAACACUGGUGUGUCAGAGUCCAGUGGCGGUGUAGGCUCAGGGGGAAUGUGCAUGUCUGUACAGGCCUUAAAGAGACUGGAAAACUUGAAGAUUGACAAACUGAAACAGAUUCGUCGGCCAACACCACCUGGGCGGAGUGUAGGAAAUAAACUUCCAACCCUCUCAGCCCCGGGAGAAAAAAUGGGCAUGUGUGCACUCUCACCCUUGCUCUCCAACCGUCGUGUCAUGGAGCUUUCUGCCCCAGAGCUGGGUGGAGUAAGCGGAAUUGGAAUGUCAUGCCCACCAAACGAUCGCCGUGGCAGUGGCACCAGCAGCCUAAGCUCCGCCUACACAGUGAGCCGUCGUUCAUCCAUGGUCUCUCCCUACCUAUCGAGUAGACGCUCCAGUGACGUGUCUCAGGUGGGUCAGAGUGGUCACUGCCAUUCUGUGAUGGGCACUGAUGUGCCUGGUGACCCACUGUCUCCUCAGAACAGCCAAAGAGGUGGACUAUGCCAGAAUGCUGGUGGGUUGCCAGGUCUACCAAAUCUCACCCCUGCACAGCAGUAUAGUCUGAAGGCUAAAUAUGCAGCUGCGACCGGCGGCCCACCACCCACCCCUCUACCCAACAUGGACCAACCUGGCACCCUCGGUAGACACGUCGGAUUCCUGAGGGAAUGCCACGGCCAGCCUCUUCCUCCAUUCCUGCAGCAAGGGGGCACAAGAAGGCACAGUGCCAAUGUGGAGUACGGCACAGGAGUGAUCUACCCGCAUCAUGCACCAGGAAACAACACAAGACGUGCCAGUGAUCCAGUACGCUUGGGCGGCGACCCACAGGGCUUACCCAAAGUGCAACGCUUCAACAGUUUGAGUAACGUGUCCCUCAUGAGUCGCCGCAAUGCACUGCAGCAGUGCGGGUCUGAUGCCGCUCUAAGCAGGCGUUUGUACUCACCGCGCCCACCGAGUAUUACUGAAAAUGUCAUGUUGGAAGCCAUGGCCAUGGAAUCUCAUGGGAACGCUGCAGAAGGCAACAUGACGCAGGGUGGAGACCGGGCCUACGUGGGCUACCAGCAACCUCACCACCUCCCUCACAAUGCCAGCCAGCUCUCUCCUGGUCAAGAAGGCCUGAGAUGCAUGGAUCAAGUCUACCAGACUCAGAUGGAAGGCCAGUACCAGGGCCAGACUGACAUUGCAAACAGUCUUCUACAGCAAGCAGAGUACAGCAUGAGCACCUGUCAGCUCAGCCCCUCCGGUCCACACUAUCCCAGCCAGGGGCAGCUGACCGAUGGGUCAGGGCCCUGGGCACAGACCGGCCAGCUCCAUAGCUCCCAGACUGGCAUGCAAUACCAGGAUGCAGGCAUUCAAGGGAAGCACUACCCUCAACAGGGUGCAUAUGACCCUACCUCUGACCUUCCGAGUGUUACGAUAAAACCAGAGCAGUUCCAUCCCUCCAAUGGAGCUUCGAACUCCUGCCAGAACACCAAAACUCUACACCAGCAUAGCCACACAGGGAAUAUGCAGGGUUAUCCACCUCAAUCACAAGUCCAAGGCCUAAUGGGAAGAUCUUCAAAUGCAAACUGUGAUUUCCAUCAUGGCCAGAUGGGAACACAAGCUGGUCUUCAGCAGCAGAGCCAAACUGGAUCAUUCCCCAACAGUGGAGGUGUAAGUCUUGGCUCAUUAGCAGAGAGCCGCAGGUCGCAGACGCCGAUGCAUCAGAUGAAGGAGAUGAUGGUGAGGAACUACGUGCAGUCACAGCAGGCUCUCUUGUGGGAACAGCAACAGGAACUAUCUGGGAAGACAGAUGGCUUGGACAUGGGAGGACAAACAGUAAUUAUGCAGCACAGCCCUCAACAUCAACAAGCCAACCAGAUGCUUUAUCAUGCCAACACUUACCAAGGUUACCCAAAUCAGAACAUGAUGAGCCCGCCACACAAUCGAGUUCCCAGUUCAGUGCCAGUGAAGGACACUUCCUGCUUCAGCCAGGACAUGGUGCCACAGCCACCUCAAGGACGGAAGCUGCUGAGUCGCCAGAACAGCCUCUCUCACCAGGCAGGUGGAGCGUAUCUGCGCAGCCCACCUCAUCUCAGUCCCGUCCAUUCCACCACCAGUCCAAGAAGAGUGGUACGGUUACCACCAGUUCAACAGCAGCAUUCAGAAAACCUAACAACUAACCCUAACAACAAUCCCAUGUACUACACGGGCCAGAUCCACAUGCAUCAUGAUAUAGAGAAGACUCUAGAUCCCCAGGUUGGUCCAUGUCUGGCCCAGCAGUACCUGACAGGAAUGGACCCCAAUGCAAAACCUUCUUCAGUGGUCUACUCCGACCCUGCACCCAUGUCUAAUGCCUUAGAACACCUGGACUUGGAGAAUGCUCAGAUUGACUUUGCUUCCAUUAUCGAUGACCCUGAGCCUUCAUCUUACAGUCCAGUAAACCAACCAAUGGGACACCACCCAUGCUCCUCUCAGACAUCCUCCCGUCUCACCACGCCCCAGACCUCCAUCACUUUGCCCAGUGGCCUCUCCAAUAUGGCAAUUGGAGACAUGACCUCUAUGUUGACAUCUCUUGCUGGGGAGAACAAAUGUUUGAACACUCUGUCUUAAUGAGUUUGUUCAUAUGAUUGGCAAAGGUCCUAACAGUCCCUUUUAAAUGGGCCAAAGUGAGCAAGGUGGACUCCUGAGAUGCCUUACUGACACCAAAGAUUCCUGAAACCUCCCUCUACUUGUCAUAUGCUAUUAAAUACAUGUGCUGUACAAUGCUGUGUGGGUUGGAUGGUUCUGCUUAUGCCCUUCAUGGUAUCUCACAGAUGUUGUGUGUUUGAUGUAACAGUUUUGAUUGUGUAAAAUAUGUUGCUAAGCAUUAACACAUGGCCUAUGAACUGUAGAGCAAAACAGUGCCUGCCCACUUUUUUAGCUGUCUUGGUUCCGGAAAUGUUUUCCCAUUUAGUUUUUCCAUUGGGAUUUUCAAAUAUAUACAAAUAUAUAGGAAGUUUGAUAGUGUAGGGAGAGCGACUCGAUUGUGUCACUCACAGCGCAUCACGGGAGUGUGUGGUCACGGCAGAGCUCUUUUGGCGUGCUAUGUUUGCCGUGAUUCUCUGAUUGGUGGAUCUUUCUCUUUAGGAUCAUGGGUAGUGUAUUUAUUCACCAGGCAUGACUUUUUUGUAAAAUUAAGUUUAUAUAAUGUAGACUGGUGGCUUCAAUAGAAGGAUAUACCAUUGAUUAACAACCUCAGUGCUCAAGGUAGGUCUGUCUUUAAAGUUCUAGUUAAAAUUCGCCUAUGGAGAAAAUGAAUGGGAUUUUUACUUACGGAACCAGACUUGCACUCUGUUACUUAAGGGGCAUUCCGGUCACUACUGUGCAACUGUUUAUGAUAGAAAUCUUUGUUAAAAUGUAAAUAUAUGAGCAUUUGACUGUAAAUGGUACUAAGAUUUAAAAAAAACUUUCUGAAACAUAUCAUAAGUACCACGUAAGGUGGAAGUGAGCUCAUUUGUGGGUAAGCUGUUAGGCACGCUCUCUAUUAGUAUUAGUGUAGACAGGACUCAAGUGCCUUUGACCAUUAUGGCCUAACAUUUUUGAUUCCUCACAAGUAUAUGUCGGGUAACAUAUCGGAGAAAAAGAGAUGGACAGUCAGACAGAUAUAAACACUCUGACUGAUAUUAUAAAGUAUUAGAGAAAGGCAGAAAUAAAGUGUUACUGAAAAACUUGCUAAAGCUCAUAGCUAGCUGUCAUAAUGGUAGAUUAUAAAACAGUAUUUUCAAUCCUUGACAAUUAUCUUGCUAGUUCUUGACCAGAUUGAGCCUUUGAGUCAUUCAUUCUAAGGUUUGUUUUACGAUUAUUUGACUAGUCUGCUUUCAGACAGGUACAUUAAAAUGUAACAGCACUGAGUUAUGUUUUUUGUAAGGUUUUCCUUUGUCUACAUUGUGUUACAUAACCCAAGCUAGCAUGCAUAUGCAUUGCACUGACAACAGCACUGAGCUGAGGAAAAGUGAUAAAAAAUAUAUACAUUUUUAGAUUCUAUAGAGUAUGGCAAUAACAUACAAUGCAGAUACUUGAUGUCAUUUACUUGACUUUUGUCAAGCUAUUAUUUCAACACUUUGUCUACAUUACUAGAUUGUAGAAUACUUUUUCAUUUAAGUGUUAUAGAGGGGCGCAGUAUGGACGCCACCCUUUAAAAAUCCCAGGGUUUCUACGUUCUGUGGCAUACCAAAGAUGACUGGCACAUGCACCCUUGAUUCACACAAGAUACAACACCAUGUGCUUCCAUAUUGCUGUGAUAAAGAAUGUAAUGGAGUUCUUUUGUAUUGUUUUCAAUUUUCUAAAGAAAAAAAUCCUUUUGUGGUUUUUGCAUUUCCGUGUGUUUUUAUAUCUGUCCCAGUUCACUCAAACUUUUUUGCUGGCAAAAGUACACAAAGCAGUAACAGUUUUAUAACAUUAGCAUUUAUCUCGUCUAUUUACAAGAAAACUAAGUGAUAUUUUUGCGUUCCAUUUUUUCUACAUUUUUGUACAAAGGUACUACUAUAUUAUACCAGUUUAUAAAUAAACAGAGCCUGUGAU